CUUGAUCAUUCAUUCAUUUUGCGUUUGACAUUUGUCAGUUCAUUCACAAGUUUUGAGGUUAUCCAGUCUCUAUUGUUAAAAUCGUAAUGGGAGACUCAAGUUUCAAGCCGAAAAUCAGCACAGGCAAUCAAGAUCCCGUGCUCAAAAAAGCCGAGCUCGAUUAUAUGAAACUAAUAGAACAGAAAAACCUGGAACGCGUAGCGAAGUUGCAACAAAUAAACAGACGCAAUAGGUUCACUGGUUUUGCAAUCGGAGCUGGAGUGUUCAGUAUUUACCUGUAUUCUAUCUUCGCAGUGAAGCAAGAGACAUUCCUCGACGAUUUUAACGAACCUGCGAAGGUUCAACAGUAA